CCCUCUACCCCCCCCCGCCCGGCCUUCUCCUUUUUUUUUUCUUUUUUUUUUCUUUUUUUUUUUUCCUUCCUCCUCCUCCUCCUCCUCGAUUUUUGACCCUUCUUCGGAAAUGGAUGGGAAAAUCAGGCAGAGCCGGAGGUCGAGGUCGCAGCGGGACCGCGUGCGGCGGCGGGAGGCGGCGGCCCGCGACCCGCGCAACCAGAGCCCCUCGUCGGGCUCCGAGAAGGAGCCGAGCCCCGCGCAGGAGAACGGCGGCGCGAACUGCCCGGCGGCGCGCGGCCCCGCGCCCGCCGCCCGCGCCGCGCGGCCCCCGCGCCGCCGCCGCCGCGAGUCCAGCUCCCAGGAGGAGGACCUCAUCGACGGCUUCGCCAUCGCCAGCUUCAACACCCUGGAAGCGCUGGAGAAGGACAUGUCAUUAAAGCCUCAGGAGCGGAAGGAGAAGUGGGAGAGGCAUCCAGGAAAGAAACCUCGAGAAUCUGAAAACUGUGUGUCUGCUGAGCCAAGCGAAAAUGGCCAUAAUAACGAUGCUGGGAGCUCCGAGAGAGAGGCAGAUCGAGGCAAAGAACGGGUGAAGAAGAAACUCCCUUUGAAGCUCUCCAAACAGAUGAAGGUCCCCACAAGCAGAAGUGGCAGAAAUAGCGAGGAGGACAGCAUCAGGGAGGCCACAAGCUCGCAGCGGAGCAGCUCCAGGGACCGGCUCAGUGAUAGUUCUGCUCAAUCGCUUUCAGGAAGAGGCUACUCCUGUGACAGCGAGAGUGAUAUUGACGAUAAGACCUCAACGGAACUGGAGCUGACUCGUAUCAGGAGUGCCUUGAUAACAAGCAAGGCUUCUGUAGGCUCUGAGAAGCUGUUCUCCCCUGCAGCAAAUAAAGGUCCCACCUUGAAUGACAAGCCAGAAGCGAAAGCAGCCAACGUCCCAAAAGUGUCUGGGCUAGAGCGGAGCCGGGAACUGAGCACUGACGUGCCCUUUGCCCUGCCUAUCCCCAGCCCACAGCCAGUAGCUGCCGUUGUGACUUCUACUUCCUCAGCGCCCACGUCAAGCGCCAGAGCAAGCCCACUGUUGAAGAAGGAGCCAGUGAUUUCAGCACCAGCACCACCAAGGCUCACACCUCAGCCGCAGCCUCGGCCACAGUCACAACCUCAACCUCGGCCACAGUCUCAGCCUCAGUUAAUACCUGAGCUUCGGACCCAGCCUCAGAGUCACAUCCCUCCACCCCUCAACUACCAAGUGCAUCACCAGGUGGCCCACAACGGACUCAAUAAUAUCAGCCGGAGCAGCAGUGCUAGCAGUGCAACAAGCAUCAGCCUCCCGAAGCACCUUCCCCUCUCUCCCCAGAUUCCUCCACACCAUUCCUCCGGCCCGGCCCUGCCCCUCUCCAUCUCUAAUCUUGCUACCUCGCACUUCUCUCUCAGAUCGCAGACCCAACACCAGCACCAUCCGGCCAUGUUCGCCACCCCACCCACGCUGCCACCUCCACCAGCGUUACCUACCAACAGCCUCGUGAUACCAGGUCACCCUGCGGAUACCAGCCUGUUGAUAUCAUUCAACCAACCAAUCAUGUAUUGCCAGCCUCAUUCGGGGAUUCUGAUUGGUACUUUGUCACAGGCAUCUCUCUUACCUCCACCAAUGAGUCCUCACGUAGAAAACCACCACAGCAUGACCUGCCGAAACAGGGAAUGCCAGGUGAAUAUUGACUCUCUCUCCUCCGUCUUUGUGGAACUCACGGGCCCACGGGCCUCUGUGUCUUUUUUUUUUCUCUCUCUCUCUCCUCUAGAUCACGAACUGCUCAGGCAAGAGCUGAACAACCGGUUUUUGGUUCAGAGUUCGGACCGGGCCGCUGCCUCACUUGGCCCGGUGCCGCUGCUGAGAGCGGAGUUUCACCAGCACCAACACACGCAUCAGCACCAACACACCCACCAGCACACAUUCACUCCUUUUCCAUCCAGCUUGCCCCAGACGCCGCUCAUGCCGCCCUCUGCACCUCCCAUGGUGCGUACCCCAGCCCAAAAUUUUGACAAGUACGCUCCCAAAUUAGACAACCCUUACUUUCGACAUUCCAACUUCUUUCCAACCUAUCCUCCAGCAAUGCCUGGAAUGCCACCCAUGCUUCCACAUUCAGGUCCCUUUGGGUCACUUCAGGGAGCAUUUCAACCGAAGACGUCAAACCCUAUUGAUGUAGCAGGUAGACCAGGCACAGUCCACCACACCCUUCUGCAGAAGACUCCAGGGGUGUCAGACCCUUACAGGCCUCCAGUAAGAGUAAGUAAGAAACCCGGGAAGUGGUGUGCAGUUCAUGUACAGAUUGCCUGGCAGAUCUACCAUCACCAGCAAAAGAUAAAGCAAAUGCAGCUGGAUCCCCACAAGCUAGAAAUAGGUGGUAAACUCGACCUGUUCAGCAGACCUCCUGCCCCCGGGGUGUUUCCAGGCUUCCAUUACCCACAGGAUCUUGCCAGGCCUCUGUUUUCAACCACAGGUGCAACACAUCCAGCCACCACCCCCUUCGGUCCUUCACCUCAUCACAGCAGUUUCCUGCCUACUAACCACUUGGCAGAUCCAUUUAGCAGGUCAAGCACCUUCAGCGGCCUUGGGAACUUAGGCAGCAAUGCCUUUGGAGGAUUAGGCAGUCAUGCUCUGACUCACAACAACAUUUUUACUCACAAAGAUGGCCCAAACCUGCAGAAUUUUAAUAAUCCCCAUGAGCCAUGGAAUAGACUCCAUCGGACCCCACCAUCGUUCCCAACACCACCACAGUGGCCCAAGCCAACAGAUUCGGAGCGAAGCUCCUCAGUGACAAACCACGACAGAGACAGAGAACGAGAGCGCGAGCCUGAGAAGAGAGAUCUUUCUCUGAGUAAAGAUGACAGAGACAAAGAGCGAGACCUCAUGGAUAAAAGCAGACAUUCAAACAGAUCCUCACCUGCAUCAGCUCCAGUGACGCAUCAGAUAAGCAAUCUCAUCCGCAGCAACAGCCAAACUUCCAGUGAUCCCAUCAGGCAGGUUAGCCUUGGUGAAAGAGAAAGGUCCAAAGAACCAGAGAGAGAGCACGCUGACCGACUGAGAGAGCCACCCAUAUCAGAACACAAGAUUAAAGAGAGCCGUUCCCCAGUGAAGGAAACUCCAAGCCAUGAUAAGAGACCCUCUGAGGACAACACAAAGCCAGUAAUCCAGUCUGUAUCUCCGUACAGCAAACCUGCACUAAGUGAGAGCUUGAAGCUUACCAAUCUAAUGAGCAAGGAAAUGGAGAGAAAGACAGAGCUUCCCAGUGACCUCCAGAAGAUUAAGAAUGAUAUCAAAGUCAAAGAGGAGAGGAAGGAAGACAGUGAUGUACUGGUGGUAGGAUCUGAACCAUCCCAGCACUCACGAUCAGUGGAGCAUCCCCCACCACCUACUUUGCAUGGAUUAUCAUUGCCUCACUCAAUGGCUGCCUCUAUGCCCAUCUCCAUGGGCAGCGUUCACCAGAUGAACAACAUGAAUGUGCUGGACCGCAGCAGAAUGAUGACCCCGCUCAUAGGCAUGAAUCCUUUGUCAGGGAGAGAGAGGCUGCCACACCCUGGAUUUUCUUGGGACCCCAUAAGGGACCCAUUGCGAGAUGCCUACCUGCACCGUCGAAUGGACUUCCAGCUCCGGACGGAUCCUAUCCAUAGGUUCCCUACCACCUCUGGAUUUUAUGACCAUGAGCGUUCUUAUAGAGACAGGGAGCCACACGACUAUAACCAUGAAAACCUUCUUGAAGCCCGCCGAGAGCAGGAGCGGUUGCGGCAAGUGGAGGAAAGAGAGCGCUUGCACUUACGAGAAGAACUUGAGCGUGCCAGAAUGCACCACUUGCACUCAUCCCCUAUCGAAAGUCACCUGGCACACGUGCCAUCCUUCAUGCCUCAUUUAAGCGGGAUGCAUUACCCCAGACUGAGUCCAUCCACUGCCAUGCACAAUGGGAUUUUAAAUAGGAACCCACCAACCGCAGCGCUGAGCGCCCCACCACCUCUUGUACCAGCGAGCAGCACCAGACCUGCCUCCCCACGCAGGACUACUCCACUCACAAACUCAGAGUCCAGGGACUAUUCCCCCUCUAGGAACCCCAAAGAAGUAGAGGCACGAUAGUCCCCAACAUUGAAUUUUAAACUUGCCUGUACAUAAAACAAACAAACAAAAAAAAAAAACAAACAGAAAAAAAAAACAAAAAACAAACCUUUUACAAAAUGCACUGCUGUAAACUUUUUUUUUUUAAUGUAAAAUUUGUAGAAGUUAAGCACAUUUCCAUAAAUAAUGGGGUCGGGGAUGCAGACUUUCCAACAGGAAGGUUGCUGAAAAUGGGAAUUUAAUAUAUAGGUAUUGAUUUUUGGUUUUGUUUUUUGUUUCUGUGCUAAAAAAAAAUGAGUUAAAAAUAUCAAGUUUGUACAUUUUUUCCCAAAUGUGAGAAACAUUUUUAAUGGAUUUGUAUUUUUUUUAAUUUUGUGCUCUUUAUUCACUUAAAAAAGAAGAAAUUUUGCUUUUGUUUUUAGUUAAAUUUGCAUUUAAAAGGCCUCAGAUCCUUAAGAAAAAAUACCCAGGGUUUCUUAAAAGUAUUAUUUAUGGAAAUACUGUAGUUUUACAGUCCACUGUGAGGUUCCCUUCUGAGGCCAAUUGAUCACUUACCUUGGUACUUUGGAACCGAAGUUACAGAUAUAUAUUAAAAUAUUAAUAAUAAUAAUAAUGUACAAAACUGUUUGUUUUUUGCCUUAUUAUAUUAUGCAGAAAUUUAAGAGGAAUUUUUUUUGACUUCUUGUUUUAAACAAAAAAAAAACAAAGAAAACAAACUGUAAAUAUUCUGUUAAUAUAAAUGUACACCAAUAUUAAAUUCUUAACAUAGGUAGACUUUAUAAAAAUGGUUUCUAGAACCACUCUGGUUAUUUGUUAACAUGGUUACAACUCAUACUCUUGUCACAGUCAGAAAUUCACACUCAGAAAGCUAAGUACGGCAUAUAUACUUCAACUAUGCAAGAACUUGGAGGCAGGUCUUAGUGGAUGUUGGGGGGAGGAAGGUUUAAAAAAAAAAACAACCCAAAACAACCAACUGGCAACGAUGGAAACAGAAUGGAAGUGGCAUGUGAACAGGAAGAAGGAUGCUUGUGUUUAACAAAAAAAAAAAGAGAGACUGAAUUUUUUUGUACAACACAAGGGACAGUUCGUCAAGGAAAGAGAGACACGCUCCUGGAAGGGAGUUUUGGUUUCCUACUUUUCAAGCUGGCAAAAGCAGAUGGAACUGGCACAGUACCAUGCGGCAGACCCUUUCCUUAUUUUUUUUUUCCUUUUUUUUUUUCUCUUUUUUUGUGUUGUGGGCAGGAUCGCUGGCAAGCAAGGACAAUUUUCCGUGGACCCCUUGUGCUAAUUGUGCAGUGUUCUUAUUGGAAUCUGUAUACAAGACAAAGUAGAAUUUUAGGAGUGCAAAAAAAAAGUCUAAUGGUUGAUUAAAAAAAAAAAGAAAUUCUGAUAUAUUAUCUAUAGUACAUGAAGACCAUAAGCAAAUGUUUGUUUCAGUGUGGUUCUGCCUUGAACUGCUUUUUGGCAUGAUUUAUUUUUUAUUUCCAAUUUUACUUUUCAUCCAUAUGUAAAUUUUGCCAUGUUUUACUUGCUGUACCACCCCCCCUCCCUUAUUUUAUUUUUCAGUGUCCAUGUUUUAUAUAUCCUGGGCUUUUUCUCUAGUUAAUUCAGCCAUCCGCUACUAUUUUCUUGGCUCUGUAACUCUUGUUUCCCCCCCCUUCCCCGUCCUCCCCCCUGCACCCCCUGUAAUUUUAAACAUUCAGUUUCCUUGUAGAUCAAUGAAGAUAAAUACAACAUUGAUUUUGGAUGAAAAA